UGAAACUUCUUGUAGGUAAAUAAAACUGAUAUUGCAAUGUUAAAAAACCAGAUAUCCCGCAGGAGACUUUGAAAUGGAUGCUUCCUUUUCUAAAGCUUUUCUGUUAAUUUCUCCUCUUAUUAUUAGCCUCAAAUGGCUCCAUUCUUAACCAGUUCCGAGCAAUCAUUAGUUUUGGGGACUCACUUGCCGACACCGGAAAUUUAGUCCGUCUGGAAGGCGGGAUAAUCCCAUCCGACAUCCCGCCUUACUGCAAAACCUACUUUCACCACCCCACCGGUCGCUUCUCCGAUGGACGUCUCAUCAUUGAUUUUAUAGCUCAGAGCAUGGGAUUGCCGCUUCUACCGCCGUACGUGGCAGUGGAAUACCGUCACAGCAGCGAACAUUUCAAUGGAAGCGUGAAUUUUGCGGUGGCCGGAUGCACGGCGUUAGAUGUUUCAUAUUUUUCGCAAAGAGGGUUCGAUAAUCCGGUCUCUAAUGUCUCAUUAGGGACCCAACUGAAAUGGUUCAAGCAAAUGCUUCCAUCUUUGUGCACAACUCGAACAAGUUGCAAGGACCGUAUGCAAAGUGCCCUUAUUGUAAUGGGAGAAAUAGGAGGAAAUGACUACAAUGUUCCAUUUAUGCAAGACCGUCCCACGAAAGAGGUCAUGUCAUAUGUCCCUGAGAGCAUCUUCAAUGCUAAAACGUUAACGGUGCAUACGUGGCACGAGAAAUAACCAAUUAAAAAACAAUAAACAGAAUAUCUCUCUCCUUAUUUAAAGGAUCUUACAUUAUUUUGAUAAGUUUUUCUUUACAAUGUCAAGCACAAUGUCUACAUGUAGACAUUGUAGUUGACAUUGCAGACAAAAACUAAUCAAAACACAUAAGACCGUGGAAAGAAUGAGAGAGAAAUGUCAUAAAAUCAAUAUUUUGUGUCUAUCCCUCUCAUGUCACAUGUGUACCGUGCACAUUGUAACAUUGAAGAUGCUCUGAUGUUAUUAGCGUCAUCAGCUUAGCUAUCAAUGUGAGUAUAUUUUCCCAUCCGAAAAAUUCAAUCCAUACCAAUUAAGCAAUUAGGGUAUGUUCGCAAAUUAUACCGUGGGAUCGGCCCACCUUCCGCAUGGUGUGCCGAUCCCACUUUUGGCAAGUUACGUUGCUUUCUUUCCUUUCCCUUAGAGCUUCUUCCUUCCUUUUUUUGCUAUUCUUUAUUUAUUUUUCUUUUCUUCAAUUAUUUUCCAUUUCCAUCAAAUUAAAAUAUUAAAAAUGUAACUGCAGUUUUAAUUUUUCUUAUCUUCAAUUUAAAUUAUAAUUGAAUCAAUUUUUUUUAUUCUUUAUCAAUACAUAAAAAAAAGUUUAAUAAUCUAAAUAAGAUAAGUACAUUGCAUUUCAUAUUCAUACACUAUUUUUUGUAAUAUCUUUUUAUAUUCAUACAUUUUUUUGUAAUAUCUUUUUAUAUGCAUACACUCAAUUUUUUUAUUGAGUUUGUUUAUUUUGAUUCUAGCUUGGGUUACAUUUGAUAAUAUACGAAGUUACAUUAUCUUAUACUCGAGUUACAUGUUAUUAUGCGUGAGUUACAUCUUCUUAUGCGCGAGUUACAUACUUUUGUGCGCGAGUUACAUCUAAUUAUGCGUGAGUUACAUCUAAUUAUUUGUGAUAUUUUACUUAUCUUUAUCUUGAACUAAUUAAAUUCUAACUGAAUUUUUUUUUUUACCAAUUUAAUACAAAAUUUUAUUUAUCCACAUAAAAUAAGUAUAUUGUAUGUCAUAUUCAUACACUAUUUCUUACUUUGUAUACUUUUUUUAUAUUUAUUACACACAUUUUUUGUAAAAUAUUUUUUAUAUUCAUAUACUCCCUCCGUUCCCAAAAAUACUUCCCACUUUCCUUUUUGGGUUGUUCCCAAAAAUACUUCCCACUUUCCUAUUUUGGACAAUUUGUGUGGCUCACAUUCUUUUACCUUUUUCUUACACAACCACAACCAUACAUUUUCACUUUAUUCCACUUUCUUAAUAAGCGUGCCAAGUCAAACCGGGAAGAAUUUUUAGGAACGGAGGGAGUACUUUUUUCUAUAAUAUAUUUCUUAUCUCUUUUAUAUGUUUUUUUGUGUUUUAUAGACAUUAAGGUUGUUUAUUUCGAUUUAAAUUUGAAAAAACAUGAGAGUAAUACAUUUUUCAUAUGUGUGAGUUAUAUUUAUAGACAAUUUCUAUAAUUACAUUUGAUAUUAUAUGGAGUUACAUCUUCUUAUGCACGAUUUACAUCUUCUUGUGCGUGAGUUACAUCUUUUUAUACGCGAGUUACAUUUGAGUUUUCCUUAACAAGUUACAUUUUGCAUACACUAAAGUUAGAUUUUCAAUCAACACGAGUUACAUUUUCUAUAAUACGAAUUACAUGACAACAUAAAGCCUACUAUUGAAACAAAAGAAUCAUUGUUAUGCAAAAAAAAAUGUUUCCAAAAAAAUAUGUGUUUUGGCAAAAAAUAUAUUUUAAAAACAUUUUUAUGGACUUAAUAUUAAAAACAAAAUAUAUUCACCAUUUAUGUUAACCCUUGCUAUUAAAUAAAAAAAAUCACUUUUUUUUACAAAAACAAAAUGAGGUUUUGGCAAAAAAAAUAAUUUUUUGGCAAAAAAAGAUAAAAAAAACAUUUUUAUGUCCUUAAUAUUAAAAACAACACAUAUAAACUAUUUAAGUAAUGUAAUUGAGCAAUCAGACUCCUUGUUUUCAUUAAAAGCAAUGUUUUAUUUCUUAUAAUUCGUAUUAUACAAGUUACAUUUCGACUUGCUUGUUCUUACAUUUCUUGUACUGUUAGCGUGAGUUACAUUUUGUUACACGCGAGUUGCACCUAUUCCGCUACUGGGACAAUGAAAAAACAAAAAUGAAGUUAUUGUUCACGCGUGUGAACAGUAACACGCUUUUUUUGCUGUAGGAGCAGCAUGCUCAUCGUGGGCUGCUCCCACGGUAUACCAACUGGGUAUGUUUGGCACAACUGAACAGAUAUUUUUAUGAACUUUUUAGUAAUUAUUAGCUUCUAGUGACUGAAAAGAUUUUAAAGAAAAAAGGUGGUAGUUGUUUGGUAAAAAGGUGAUUGUUUGAUUUAGUUCAAUUUGGUAUACAAGCCGUUAUGACUAAUUAAUACUAAAAGUCACGGGCUUUUUUCAGAUGCUACUCCCUGUAGCAUCUCAAAAAAAAUUAAUUUUUGAAAAACUCUUAAAAAUUGUCAUGUCGAAUAUAUAACUAGAAGGUUUUAGAGACAUUUUGAACAAUACAAAAGCUAGAAGGUAAAGACUUAUGUCUGUCAAACAUAUGGUAUGUUUGGCACGAGUAGCUGAAAAGAUACUUUUGUGAGCUUUUUAAUAACUGUUAGCUUUUAGUAACUGAAAAAAACUUAAUGAAAAAAGGUGCAUGGUAGCUGUUUGGUAAAAAGCAGACUGUUUAAUUUAGUUCGAUUUGGUAUACAAGCUGUUAGGACUAAUUAAUAAUAAAAUUCACAGGCUUUUUUUCAAAUGUUACUCCCUGAAGCAUCUCCAAAAAGAUCUUUUAAUUUUUGAAAAUCUCUUCAAAAUUGUCAUGUCGAACAUAUAACUAAAAGUUUUUAGAAACUUUUUGAACAGUACAAAAGCCAAAAAGUAGAGACUUAUGUCUGCCAAACAUAACGUUAACACAACUUGAUUUUUAAUUAUGCCACUCUUCUCUUAUUGGUUGAACUUGGAGUUCAAACACUGAUGGUUCCUGGAAAUCUACCCAUUGGAUGCUCAGCCGCCUACCUCACCCAUUUCUCAACUACGAAUAAGAAUGCUUACGAUGCCAAAACUGGCUGUCUAAACUGGCUUAAUGACUUCUCUCAAUACCAUAAUCAGCUCCUUCAGGAUGAACUUGGCCGUCUUCGCCAACUUCAUCCAAAUGUCAAUAUUAUAUAUGCCGAUUAUUACAAUGCAGCAAUGAGAAUUUAUCGGGAACCUAGUAAAUUUGGAUUUGUAAGUACAACAAGUGCAUGUUGCGGUGGAGAAGGUCCAUAUCAUUAUAACUUUUCUGUUCGGUGUGGACGAGAAGGAUCAACAAUGUGUGAUGAUUCUUCGACCUAUGUUGGUUGGGAUGGAAUUCACUUAACAGAGUCUGCUUACUAUGAGAUAGCAAGAGGAUUGCUUGAAGGACCAUACACAAUUCCGCGCUUCAAUGAACUUUUUUCAUUCAAGAAUAGCUUCCGUAUACACAAGGACAAGGAUAUGAAAGUGAGAGACUUUUAAUUCACAGUUGAUCUUACAUUACAACUUUCCAAAGUAAUGAACGCAUUCAUAUGCGAACAAUAUGUGCGACCUUUAUAUUAUGUUACAUAUACUUUUAUAAUUCAAAUAAUCAGCUCAAAGCUGAUAUUCCUUGUAUAAAGAAGUUUAAUACUCCUAUUUAGAACUUAGACCAGAGAAUAUUAUGGAGUACUUCAUAAACAGUGAUAAACGACUUCUGGCCUUCAUCCAGUUUGUUCAUAAAUGGCUUUAAAUUAUAUCUUUA